CACAGGAAGCACAUCGAGGGAACCUGGAGGAAACAGGCGCCAUUUUGGUUUAAACAUGAAAGCGCGAUUAGCCUGCUCACAAUAGAUGAUUUUGAGCCAACAUGGCGUCUAAACGGUAGAGUUUCAUUACAGUUCAUGCUGCUACGGUGGACUAGACGAGCAUAAUAACAAGUUUCCAAAUUCAGACAAGGUAGACAGGAGAUCAUAAGGAUGACGCGGGUCGUGUUCCUCCAUCCAGACCUUGGUAUUGGUGGAGCAGAGCGACUGGUGGUCGAUGCUGCUGUUGCUCUGAAGUCUCAGGGAUGUGGCGUUCAGAUAUGGACGGCCCAUUACGACCCAACACACUGCUUCUCUGAGACCCUGGACCCAGAACUGCCUGUGGUAUGUGUGGGUGACUGGCUACCCACCAGUGUGUUUGGUUACCUGCAUGCCCUGUGUGCCUACCUGAGGAUGAUCUACGUGGCACUCUAUCUGGUCUUCCUCAGCGGAGUUGAGUACGAUGUCAUCUUCUGUGAUCAAGUGUCAGUGUGUAUCCCGGUGUUGCGACUGUCCCGUCGCAAGAAGAAGGUUUUGUUUUACUGUCACUUCCCAGACCAGCUGCUGACCCAGAGGAAGUCAGCCUUGAAGAAGCUUUACCGCACUCCUAUCGACUGGCUGGAGGAACGCACCACUGGCAUGGCCGAUAUGAUUCUAGUAAACAGCCAGUUCACCGCAGGCAUCUUCAGCGAGACCUUUCGUGGUCUAAGAGGAGUCCAGACAGAUGUCCUCUAUCCCUCCCUCAACACGUGUACCUUUGACCAGCAGUCCAGUCAAGCACAAGGCCUGGGAGGGCUGCUCCCUGAGGGAACUUCCUGCCUGUUUCUCUCUCUAAACCGAUACGAGAGAAAGAAGAACCUGGGGCUGGCUCUGGAGGCUCUAGCAUUCCUGAGGUGCAGCCUUCCUCUAGGCAAGCGAGCAGGUAUUCACCUGGUGGUGGCGGGGGGCUACGAUGACCGAGUUACUGAGAAUGUUCAACAUUAUACUGAACUGAAAGAGCUAGCAGCGCAGCUCCACUUGGAGGACUGUGUCACUUUCCUUCGCUCCCCCACUGAUUCACUAAAGGUGGCGCUGCUGCGGGGCAGCACAGCCGUGCUGUACACCCCGAGCAGAGAGCAUUUUGGGAUCGUUCCCAUAGAGGCCAUGUACUGCUGCUGCCCUGUUAUCGCGGUGAACUCUGGGGGCCCCCUGGAGAGCGUGGCAGACAGGGAGACGGGCUUCUUGUGCGAGCCCACGGCAGAAGCCUUCUCUAAGGCCAUGGAGAGGCUCGUUAGGGAGCCGCAGCUCUGCAGGGACAUGGGCCAAGCUGGGAGGAAGAGGGUGCAAGAUAAAUUUUCUCUUCGGGCCUUCUCCGACCAACUGUACGGGUACAUUGUCAAGCUGAGCAAGUGAUGGAGAGGCAGGAGACAGGUGGAAAAAUGAUCCUCUACU